CCACUGAGGACCCGCAGGCGGCCACCGAUGUCCACAGAGGCUGGCUUGGUCGUGGAUUGCCUCUGCACGUAUGCUGCUGCUCCCAGGUGAGGUGACACACACACACAGGUGGAUGGAUGGAUAUGUUGUCUUGGUCGGUCGUCAGGUUACUUCACGUCCAUCCAGCAGAUCGGCAACUCCCCCUACCUCCAGGCCGACCUCACGCACCGCAUAGUCCACAACGAGACGCUGCUCGCUGUUCAUUUUACUCACAACGCAUACCCAUUCAUCUAUGUGUGGAUGUGUCUGUGAUGCAGCGAAAGUCCAAUGACGUGCAGGUCGAGGCUCCAAGCGUUGAUGUUGGCGGCGCCUCCAUGCCAAUCUGAAUGCCGUGUGGUGUGCGCGCAGGAGCUGACGGCCGCAAAGGACGACAACAACCACCUACUCGACCAGGUCAACCAGCUACUCACGAAGCCAGCAGUCAAGGUAAGCAUCAGAGGAGUAUGAACCUGCUUCAAUUAUGCAUUUGUGUGUGUGGGUUUGUAUGUCAGACGACAGCGACGCAGACGGUAUUCUUCCACACACAUCCACCAACUCACACACACAUGAGCAGAUCGACGUGCAUUCAUUCUACGUUUGUCUGUGUGUGGAUGUGUGUGCAGGUCAACGAGCCCUCUACUACUCGUGUGGACGGCGGCCAGGUCGAGAAUCCUCCGGCUCCGCCGAGGUGCGCGAAUCAUGGGCUCCCCUGACGGUUUGUGGGUACUCAUUCGAAUGUUCCCAUCUUUGCUUCGUCUCUCAGGAGAUCAUUCGACUUCUCAAGGAGAAGCUGCGCACCGAGCGGCAGGAGGGAGAGGAAAGGCGGGCUAAUGGCUGUCAACAACCUCUGUUGCCCUGUCUUUCAGGAGAUCCUUAAGUUGUGCCGGGUGAACUCUGAGUUAAACCAGGUAAGAUCAUCGACUGUGGAAUCGUUCAUCGACUUGUAGUUAGUCUUAGACACAUGCCAUGUGUGGUGUGUGUGCAGGAGCUAGCGGCCAUCUAGGACGACAACCAAAACCUGCUAGAUAAAGUUCAAG